UCUUGCUGCGUUCAGUUCAGACAAAAAAGCACGACGUACAUGAUGUAGAAUCUAUUGGUACAGCAGCGUAUCGAAAUUUCCGUUGUUACAGCACGCAGUAACGAUCGACGGCAUCGUAUAUCGAUGUGAUUCUGUGCUGCGUGAUUGCCGAGUUCUCGCACGUAAAUGUGAGGGAUGGAGGCCAGUACAUCACGCAUGGACACAUAUGCUUGCAACCGGUGCCACCAGAGGACCCACUCCUUGUCAUCUCUUUUUCGUCAUUUCUGCACUUGGCAUGGCACGGAGGACAACUGGAAGUGUGACUUGGAAGGCUGUGAAAAAACUUAUAGGCUUUAUAGCUCCUUCCGUAAACAUGUCAGCCGUCACCACAAUCAUCUGUUCCUCCAGACAACCACAGCUGAUGCAUCCUUGGCACCCCGUGCUGACAACCUCGAAGAAACACUACAAACUUAUCCCACCCAGCCUGUUGGGCAAGCAGCUGAACAGGCGUGCUUGGAUGUUGAUAUUUUUAACACCAGUGGUCAGCGUGUUGAUGUUGGCACUCCUGACAGCAGUGUUCAGUGUCCUAUGGUUCUGUCUUCGUUGUUACUAAAGUGGCAAGAAGGCAGGCAGUUACCCGAGAGCACCUUGAAUGAAGUUACGAAUGAUAUGAUAAACUUCAUUUCAGAAUUUAGAGCAGACUUCAAUGCAACCACUAUUACAAAACUUGAGCAGCUCAGAACAAAAACAGGCCGAGAAAACUGGUGGAAAACUUCACAUACGUUUGUUCCUCCACAAACAGUAUACCUUGAAGAUCAAGGUACUUCUGACAGCUAUGAAUACAUUCCAAUUUUGGAAACAUUAAAGGCUGUCUCAAGUGCCCAUGACAUUUUCCAAACAAAUCGCAAACCUUCUUCAACUCUUCUACAGGAUGUGUCUGAUGGCAUGUACUUCAAGGAGCACUGCUUGUUCAAGAAUGCCAGCAAUCAGAAACUUUUUGCUCUACAGCUGUACUUUGAUGAAUUUGAAGUCUGCAAUCCCAUUGGAAGCAAGCGUGGAAAACACAAAGUCUUGGCUGGAUAUCUAACAAUUCUAAACUUGCCACCCCGAUUUCGCUCGAAAGUUGACAGCAAGCACCUUGUUCUUCUUGUGAAAAAUUCCACUGUAGCCAGAUUCACAUUGCACAGAAUUGUCCAACCAUUACUUGAGGACAUACAGCAGCUAGAAUCCCAAGGAGUUGCGAUUGAUGGAGAACUCGUUAAAGGCUCUCUUCUUUAUGUCUGUGGAGAUAACUUGUCUAGCCAUCAAAUUGGCGGUUUCCGAGAAUGCUUUUCAUCGGGGCCAAUCUGCCGUUUCUGCUUGGCAAAGAAAGAGGACAUCAGUGAGAAGUGGAAUGAAGAAGAGUUUAUCAUUCGAACACAGAAAAUGCAUACUCAACAUAUUAAUCUGUUGAAGACUGAUUCAAGCCUCAGCAAUGUUUAUGGCAUCAGUGGUGAAAGCUGUCUAAGUUCACUUCAGUCAUUUGAUGUGACGAAAGGCCUUCCGCCUGAUGUUAUGCAUGACCUGUUCGAAGGAGUCAUUCCGUUUGCCAUGAAACACAUCUUGCGCCACAUUAUGUCAUGCCGUGUGUUCACUCUUGAUCAGCUAAAUGAGAGGCUUAGCUCAUUUCCCUUGCAAGGAGGGGAGAAAAAAUCACGACUACCUCCUCUGUCCUAUCACUCAGUGUUUGGCACAUCAGCCAUAAAAGGUUCUGCUGCUGAAAAGCUUUGUUUUUUUCGGUUCUUUUCACUGCUUGUGGGCGAUGUAGUUGCAAAGGGAAAUGCUGCAUAUGAUGUGUACCUUGCAUUGCGUGCAAUUGUUGACAUUGUACUUGCACCACAACUGUGCUGUGGUGCAGCUGCGCAAUUGCAAGUCCUCAUUGAUGAUUUUUACAUUGCAUUUAGAGAAACCUUUCCAAAUGUAAAAAUCAUUCCGAAAAUGCACUAUAUGAUCCAUUACCCCAGGCUUAUUCUUUUGUAUGGUCCUCUGUGCAAGUUGUCCUGUAUGCGUUUUGAGGCAAAACAUCAAUUUUUCAAAACAGUUGCAAGGAAAACUCGUAACUUUAAGAACAUUUGUGGAACCCUGAGCCGCCGACAUCAGAUGCAGUUCAUGUACUCAUUAACCCAACCACUAGAAUCUGUGGCUACUACAGGUAGUGCAAGAAUGGACAUAAACUCACUACCAGACCUUUUGAAGGACAGACUGCAUGAGCUUGACAUGCAUAUGGCAGAUGUGAACAGUUUGACUUCUGUCAAAGUGUGUGAAAGAAAAAUCAAUGUGGGUUGUAUACUGCCACUCUUUGUACCAGAUGAUGACCUUCCACACUUUGCCCAGGUUGUGUUGAUUGUGUCCUGUGACCAGAAAUAUUUUCUUUUCAGUUCAAUUUUUGAAACAAAGUAUUUUGACGACCACAUGCAUGCUUUUGUCGUGGAAAACACGGCUCACAAUGUCAUAGUUGAAGACACUGCACAUGUGUUUUUUGACCCACUGUACCUUUACAAGGUGAGGAACACAAACUAUGUCAACCCUCGCUAUGCUUUCUUCACUAGUGCAGACUGACGACUUCUAACAAGAGAAUAAAAUAGGCAGCUCAGGUCUUGUAACCAAGUACCAGUGACAAACGAACAUACAGAGCGGUGUUGCAAGUGGCUUGAACUAGCGAAGAACACUCCUCUUUGCCACAUGUUCUUUUAAUUCCAAAUAUUUUGUUGGGCCAACCAGCUUGGAUUCAGAUGUCACCUAAUUUGGUUUGUAGUAAAUCACACAACGCAUAAACAAAUGCAAUUAGUUCAAUUCAAGCAGAAUGACGAAGUAUACUUAUUACAAAGAUGACUACGCAUUUUGGACAACCUUAAAUCAGUUUAGUUAUGCUAUAUUUUUCAAGCGGACAAAAUGAAAACAACAAAGUUAGUGUCAACUGUACCCAGCCAGACUUCAAAGAGAUGUGAUAGGGGUAAGUGCCCUGAAAGUGCGCAUUACAGAUGAAGUUCACAUUGAGAAUAUACAUAUAAGCAUUACACAGCUGUGAGCAACUGUGCAUGUUUUAAAGUAUUUUCUUAUGUUAGACUUUUGUGGUGACUUGUGCAGUUGAUGAAAUGGUGCUUCUACUCAUUAAUCUCAUUAAUGCAUUGAAAUGGAUGUACAAUGCAUUGUAUUGCAUUUUACAGCAAAAAAGGUGCCAAAUAAAAGGCAUUACUGAA